UACAUUGGAGAUGUCAAAAACGUCAAAUCGGCUGGAGUGAAAAAUCGGGGCGUUUUGUACGAAAAUGAUCAAGUUACAACCGAUCCAGACGAAACAUGCUUAAACCGGCACCUUUUUCGACAUGCCCCCGUGAAAAAGGUUAUUUUUAAUCAUUCAAGAUGAAUAUCAUGCGAAAAUUACGUAGUGGGAUGUCGAACGCCCAAAAUGCGUCGAACCACGACAUCCCAGACACCGUACCAGGAUCACCACACACUCAACUGGGCUUAAUGCACCUGAAGAAGCUUUUUUCUGAGUAUAGUCAUCCAUCCCAUCCACUCUCUGAUGCCGAAAAAGACGACAAACUCUACAACAUGUUACCAUUAUUUUGUAAAGUUUUCGGGGCGAGUCCUUCUCAUGAUAUGAACGAGAAGUUUUGGGAUAUCCUCGCGUUUUGUCAACAAGUUUCUCUCUUAAUGGUCUCCGAGAUACGUAAACGCGCUUCUAAUCAAAGUACGGAAGCAGCGAGUUGUGCCAUUGCUAAGUUUUUGGAGAUUGAAAAUUGUGAGGAAUCAAGUAAUGGGUGGAUGUUGUUGUCUACCUUGAAUUUAUUGGCAGCAGGAGAUUCUAAUUUAGUACAAGUUAUGUCAGAUGUUUCAGUUCCCUCAACAUUAGUAAAAUGCUUAUAUUUAUUCUUUGAUUUACCUGAGAUGAGUGAACUGGAGGCGAAUACUAAAGAUGGAAAUAGUGAUUUUACACCCAGAGAAAGAAGGAUUUUACUUCAAAAAAUUUUUGUACAGCUACUUGUAAGAUUAUGUAGUCAUCGAAUCCCAGCUGAAGAAUUAGCAAGGAAAGAUGACCUCACACUUUUAUUCUCAGCAAUAACCUCACCAUGUCGUCUCCAUAAUAUAAUGUGGAGAAAAAGUGCGGCGGAAGUAUUAAUGACUUUAUCAAGACAUGGAUUAAGUCCACCAGUUGUGGGAUAUAUUCACUCGAAAAGUUGUGUUGCUCUUUGUAUUGAUAACAUGCAAAGAGUUCCAGAAUUAGCCCCAUUGGAAGUUGUAGAAAUGUUCGUAACGAUGUUUUGCUUUCUAAAAGAUUCCAGUGAUGUUUCAUCGACACUUUUAGAUGAUUUUAGACAAGCGCAAGGUUAUUUAUUUUUAUCGGAUUUUCUUUUAAAGUUGGAAAAUGAACGCUCCACCGACGCUCAAGAUUCAAUAAGAAAUUUGAUUUUAAUGAUAACCUCGUUAUGUAUGUGCGGCUAUUUAGAAUUAAAACCAUCGCAAGCUUCAACAGGUUCUCUAUUUCAAUUGCAAGGGUUCUCAUUACCGCAACCUUCCGGAAAAGGAACCAGCGUUCGGAAUGUGCAAGCUUUUCACGUUUUACAAACUAUGUUUCAAAAAUCUAAUUCUCCGAUGCUUUGCUCGGUUAUUUUAGAUGCAAUUUCAAACAUUUAUCAUUCUGAUAACGCGAAUUAUUUUAUCUUAGAAAAUCAAAAUACAUUGAGUCAAUUUACGGAAAAAAUUUAUCAUAAACCAGCGGAAAUCCAACAUAAAUUAUUCCAAUUAAUUGAGUUUUUAGUUUUUGAAUUGAAUUUUGUGCCAUGCAAAGAACUAAUAAGCAUGUCAAUUUUCUUAAAAACGCACAGUAUGAAUCAUGUCGAAUGUAGCAUCAUUUGUAUGCAAACUUUAUUAAAUAUUUUAAGACAUAACAACAUAUUUAAAGAUGUUUAUCGAGAAGUUGGGUUAUUAGAAGUCUUUGUAACUUGCUUGAAUCGUUAUGGAAACCUUUUGGAAACGAAAAAAACAGCUGUCGAUGCAGGAAAAGAUUUUUUUAUCCCCAUCGGGCAAGAAAGAUUUGGAAACAUGGUUAUCGAAGCAUUAACGGUAUUAUUAUCGUCAAAUUCAUCGAACGCUAACGUUUUACGCGAAUGCGGCGGAGCAAAAUGCGUUCAUAAUUUAGUGAUUUUCGCUGAAUGUCGUCAGGCAACUUUAGGAAUAAUAAGAGAAUUAGUUUUAACUUCCGGUGGUGAUGAGGAUAUGGCACAACUUUUAGCUACCUUACACACAGCUCCAAGACACGCUUUAUUAUUAAAAAUGGAUAUACUCAAAGCUUUGCUUCAAUGCUUAAAAGAAUCUCAUCGUACAAGAACUGUUUUCCGCAAGGUAAACGGUUUCGUUUAUGUAACCAGCGUUUUAAUUUCAUUGGAAGGAAAGUUAUCGAAAUAUGAACCCGAUCCCGAUAUUUUAAAUUUAUUACAAUUGGUUUUUUAUACGAUUAGUACUGCCAUGAGGUUCGAGCCGGCAAAUGCAAAAUUUUUUCAUCACGAAAUUUGCAUGACAAGUCUGUGUGAUACUUUGAGACUAUUAGGAUGUUUUUCGCCGUUAAAAAUCGAAUCUCUUGCGGAUUGUGAUGAAAUUUUAGCGUUGGACAUGCACUUACAAGAUUUAUACCAUAAGAUAUUUAUCGGAAGUUUAAAUAAUUUAACGAUUAAUAACGAUGUACCUGCUACUUUAGCAUACGCUACUAUUGUGUAUAGAUUAUUAUACGAUUUAGCUUUGGAUUUGUAUGAUAAACCGAAUGCGUCGUCGUCAAUUCUUGCCAUGAAAUCUCUUUCGAGGCAAUCAUCUAAUGAGCCAUCGGUAAGAAUUAAAUUAAAUACUCUCUCCGUCCAGAAAUAAGUGUCCGCUAUCGAUUUUUUUUGUCCAAAAAUAAGUGUCUGAUUUACUUAAAAAUUAAUUUAUUGAAACUUAACUACAAAUAACGUUUCUAAGAAACUUUUGAUGGGAAUUAUACUGAAUUAAUGAUGUCUUUUACAUGUUGAUAAAGCCCAAAAUCAAAAUUUAUAGAAACUGGAUCUUUAUUCAUAUAUUAUUCAUAUUCCAUCUACUUUUAUGGUUGCUACUAUACACUGUUGGAACUCAAUUUGGAAAAGGCUUUUUCAACAGCAAGAACUAAUUCGUCUACAGUUUUGCAAGCCGAUUGUUGCUGCAAUGAUUGAAUUGCAUUAAAAAGCCUAAAUCUAAGACGUUUGUAUCAGGACUAUUGGGUGGCUGACACCAGGAAGAAUGUGUGGUUUAGCGCUGUCUUGCUGGAUCCAAAUUGUUUGCGACGAAAUUUUGCUUGAAUUUCGGGCAACAAUUUUCCAAUAAUC